CAUCGCUGAGGCCAUGCUGACCUGCAAACACAGAACGAGAGAUGAAGAUUCCUAUCAGAAAUUCAUUCCCUUCAUUGGGGUGGUGAAAGUGGGUUUGAUUGAGCCUGGCCAAUCAGCAGCAGGCGACUCUGAAGAGGGCGUGGCUGUGAGUUUAGCCGUCCCCUCCACGUCUCCGCCCUCUCACGGCUCACUCGGCGGGCUGAAGGAGACGGCCACGCCCCCCUCGUCUCCGUCCAUGGGCGGCGGGUUGGCUGUGCAGGGGUGAGUGAGUGAUGGAUCGCGCUCGGCUCAUGCUCACGUCUGGAUUGUUGAGGAAAUGUCUACCGUCACAAGGUUUCCC